AUGGCUGAUAAAAAUAAUCACAAUUAUCCAUUGGAGAUCCGCGACGUCGAGCAGGAUGUUGCUGAGAUGCUCAUGAAAUUUUUCACGGGUGAACACACUGGUUUUGUUCGUGUAGGGCCCAAAGGAUAUUUUCUUCCUAAUAAGUUUAAACAAGAAGCUGCUAAUAUAUUCAAUAUGCCGCUUAGAUCUACAGACGUCUUCGUAGCUAGCUACCCACGAUCUGUUUACGUCCAUCCAAUAAUGAAGCAGCGUUUCGUCUCUGAGAACAGUCACAGUGAAGAGAAAUUAAAGCUACUAGAACAAGUGACACAACCGGGCACAGAACAACUAGCGGGAGCCCCAUCACCUCGCUUCAUUAAAACACAUCUACCACUCUCCCUUCUUCCGCCUACCUUACUGGAUGUCGCCAAAGUUGUUUCGAGGAUCACGUCGAUGGCGCUCUUAAGUGAGAGAUUGGAAGUUGGGACCAACCAAUGCGAAUCGCUGUGUGGUCCUCAAUGA